AUGAAUUUUGAGGAGCAAGAAGAAGAAAUGGAGAUGUCGGGCAACCCCCCUGGCGGUUACGACUCUCUGAGCGGCGAGGGAGCCACCUCGAGCGGCGGUGGUGGAGGAGGACGGAGAAAAAGCGUUGCAGGAAAGAUAAGGUAUAGAGAGUGCUUGAAGAAUCAUGCCGUUAACAUCGGUGGUCACGCCGUGGACGGCUGCUGCGAGUUCAUGCCAUCCGGUGAAGACGGUUCGCUCGACGCUCUCAAGUGCGCAGCUUGUGGCUGCCACCGCAACUUCCACCGCAAGGAAACCGAAAUUACCGGCGGCAGGGCUCACAGAGUUCCAACGUACUACAACCGUCCGCCGCAGCUGCCACCGCCAGGAUAUCUUCAUCUAACACCUCCUCCGACGGCAGGGCAGCCUUACAGGCCACCCGCGGCCUCGGGAGACGAGGAGGACACGUCGAAUCCGAGCAGCAGCGGUGGGACCACGGCUAAGAGGUUUAGAACGAAGUUCACGGCGGAGCAGAAGGAAAAGAUGCUAGCCUUCGCGGAGAGCUGCUUGUACUUCUGGACUGGACAUGAUUGCUUCUUUUAG